UUGGGUAAAAUGGAGGAAGGUUUCGUGUUGAUGGAAGGUUGAAAUUUUAUGGUGUGGGUUAUUGUGAACCCAGAACCACUACCAAACUGUGAAAACAGUUAAUUUGUAAUGGAGUAUAUUCCUCUUACAAAAUUGAUAGAGCGUAUUCAGCAGUUGAGAAGUUACUCAGCAUAUUCCUACAGAACCAAAGAUAAGCAGACACAUCCUACUAGUCCUAAAUAAUAAAUUAUAAUUUUAGUUACUGAACAUAGGACUAUACUGCUCUGAAACCGAAAUGUUCAACUAAAGUUCCCAUAUACCAAAACAUGAAACAGUUUAGUUUUACCUACAGAAUGUAAUUAUUAUAAAGCUUUUCAUGAAUUUAAUAUGAAGUGAAGUACAAUACUUUAGUAGUUCACAUAUCUAGUCAAGUAAUGUGCCACAGAAAGUAACAACCCACCUCCAAGACCAAAGACACAUUUCAUGUUGUAAAUGCUGAGCAUGUAUUGAAAUGUUUCACCAUAAGUAUGAAAGAGAAAUAAACAUGGAACUUAUAACAUUAAAUAUCAAACAUUCUAAGAUAUACAUAUGGAAGUUAUAUAUACACAGAGUUCAUUAGGUUUGUUCUCAUGUUUUUAUGUAAGAUAAUUAUACCACAGUAAAUGUUAAAAAAGAUGUGUUCACGUUUUAACAUGAACCAAAGAUCUUGCCAUAUUUAGAACAUGUUAGUGCUUGUAGCUUGUAACUUUUAUUACUGACCAAAGCUGUAGUUAGAAGUAAGUCCCCAAGGCUUUAGACUUGAGUUUAGGGUCAAGAGGGUCAUAGUUAAAAUGAAGAAAUGACUAGUGCAUCAAAUGUAAAAGAGAAACGCCACCGGUGUGAAACCUGCAGCAAGGCUUUUGGUACAAGUGCCGAUCUUACAAAACAUAGACGUGUACAUACUGGGGAGAGACCAUAUUCAUGUGCAGACUGUGGGGCAGCCUUCAGUCAGGCCGGUGGGCUCCGCACCCACAUCUUGAGUCGCCAUAACAGUGAUGGUCCAACCUUCCAUUGUUUUCAUUGUGGCAAGACAUUUCCUGUGAAGGAGCGGCUGAGACUGCAUUUACGUACGCACACCGGCGAACGUCCUUAUUCCUGUGGCCUUUGCAACAAAACCUUCGCUCGUGUUGGGCAGCUUGCGCAGCAUUCACAAACUCACUCUGGAGCACGUCCUCAUCGCUGUGAUCAGUGUCCAGCUGCGUAUUCAUGUGCAACCAAUCUUAAGACUCAUCUCAAGCGUCAUUUGGGGCAGCGAGAUCACGUGUGCCAUGAGUGUGGGAAAACCUUUGCACGGCGUGAUGGCCUACAAAAGCACCUUGCUUGUCUCCAUGGAAACUUGAGGUCUUUCCAUUGCAAUGUAUGUCGCAAGGAUCUCAAAGGACACCUUUUGCAGCACCUGCGAACCCAUUUACGUGAGAAGCCUCAUGCAUGUCCAGAUUGCAAGGCCAGAUUUGCCCAACGUUCACAGUUGACCGUGCAUCAGCGUACUCAUUCGGGUGACAAGCCAUACAGGUGUCCUGUGUGCCGUCAGGCAUUCUCUCACUCCACGGCACUUAAACUACACUUGCGCCGUCACACGGGUGAGAAACCAUUCCGCUGCCCUCUUUGCCCCUCCACCGGAUUUGUCCAGUUGCCACACCUGAAGAAACACAUGCGUUGCAUCCAUAAGACUGACAAGCCCUACCUCUGUCUUGGCUGUCGUAGUUUCUUCAAGACUAAGAAUGAUCUGGACAACCAUGAACAGAAUUCUCUGAAAUGUCUAGAAGCCCGUUCCUCCAAUGCAAAAACAGAGUCUGCCUCCAAGGAUGCUGAUGCCACACCUGUCGAUCCAGUCAUGCCCGUUAAUCGAAUGCGCGUACUUCUAGCUGUAUUGCUGAAACGAAUAUCUACCCCAGCACGCCUUGAUGCUUUGGGAUUUGGUAGACGACUAAUUGAUGACGUUCUGUGUGAGUCUAUAGAGAGCUCAGGUCGUAAAGCGUGCAUGGAUCUCACAGAUGAAGGUGAACGUUUACGAAAGAAUGUUGAAAUCCUCCUAGAUUGGACAGUACCCAAGCAGUAUAUGGAGAGGUUUCGACGGGAAAGUCGUUCGACGGAGGAGUUACUGGAGGAGCUGACAUCAUGACACAUCUCCCUUGUUAUUCAUGAACAUUGCCUUCAUUUCAUCUUCAGCCUUGAUCACUGGAAGUGGUGAUCAUAUCACUAAAAUUGGGCCAUUAUAACAUUAUGAGAGUGUUUCUGUAUCAUUAUUCUUUCAUACCAUCACUGAACGUGUUACCUCACCCUGUAAAGUUCAUGAAAUCCUGUUCUUGCACAUUCUAUAGCAAUGGUUCCCAAUGAGGAGGCAUGACCCCCCCCUGGGAGAGCAUGAGGGAAUUUGGGAGGGGGGAGGUGUUGUGGACACUAGUAAAAAUUGAUUCUUGGUGUCAGAUUCAACUGAAAUAAUUGUUUCCAGCUGCAUUUAAUAAUUCUGUAAGCACUAAUUCCCAUUCCACUAGUUCCUCCAUAUCGUCCAGGGCUGGUGCAGUAGGCCCAAUGGUGGCCAACAUACCAAGUGGACCCAGUCCUUACCCCACCCUACAAAUAAAAGAAGAAAAUUAAGCAGAAUUGUUAACACAGCUGUUUCAAAAAUAUAAUGGUUAUAUUUCAACAUCUGUCAGCAUUAUUCAUCACCAAAUAAAGAGAUAUAUGCUACGUGUACAUUUUCAUUUUAAAAAUUCUUGGUGUGUUACUAAUUACAAGUUAGGUGGUCAUAAAUAGUGGUAUAAAUACAAGGGUUGGAAAUUUAAUAGUGACAACUAUUUAUUUACAAAUAAUACAAAAUAAAUACAUGUUUCGAAG